CCGCUGGCCAUGCCGCAGGUAUAUAAGCCUGUGUUGGUGGCUGGUGCCUCCCAUCCUCCCCCGGAUUCAUCAGUCGCCCCGCUCCGAGUAGUCUUUGCUGUGCAAAGCUCUCUUCUCUUCUCUCCGUUCUCGUUUCCUUCACGUCGCCUCACGACUAGCUCAUCUGUUGCUCUUAUUAUUCUCUUCAUUUCUUGACAUUUUACGAAGUUAUCAUGGCUGCUGUUGUCGAUGCUCCCUACGCUUUCCUCUCCCAGCCCCCGCCUUCUAAGAAGCGCGCUGGGCCGGCUAUCCCCCUCCCCUCGCUCCCUCUUGGAGCCAACAACGAGAACGAGCGUCCCCGUCUCCGCCGUGCUGCACCUGCUCUCACCGGGAUCAACGUCUGGGCCGCUCAAGUCCAGCCUGGUUCCCCCGCUCCGCGCACUCCUGGCACGCCCUACACCCCCACCAGCCCUGGGCGUCGUUCCUCUACCUCCCGUCGUAGCUCCCUCUCCCGGCGCCGCUCCACCUCCCGCUCGAUCACCCACCGCGCUGCCCCCGCCGGCUCCUUCCUCAACCUCGUCGACACCCCCGCCACAGGCAGCUACAAGACGCCCGAGUUCGAUCUUACCGCGCUCGGCUACGACACCGUGUUCGUGAGCCUGCCCAAGACGCCGCUCACACCCGCGCACCUCGCGUGCCCGACGCAGAUGCCCCCGCCGCCGCCGUCCCCCGCGGGCAAGCGCGUGCGCCGCUUCCCGUCCUUCGGCAUCCUGCGCCGCGGCCGCGGCCGCGAGCCCAAGGUCCCCGCGUCGCCCACGGUGGCGUCCUCGCGCACGCACACGAAGAAGUCGGGCAGCGCGAGCAAGCCGCGCCCGCCCCCGCUCAACAACGACCUCCUGCUCGCGCAGUUCCUCGACGGCGGGCGGCUCGACCAGCACGCGACCCGCGCCAUGAACCGCGCCGCGGAGGGCGGGCCCGUCGGCGCUGUCCACCGCGACGCGCAGGGUGUGAUGUGGGUUGACGCCGCGGAGCCGCUUGAGUACGCGCCGCUGCUGGGCUCGCCUGCUUCCUCUGAGGGCAGCUGGGUCGCCUUCAUGCCCUACGAGCGCCGCGAGAGCGUCUCCAGCGCAGGUUCCUCGACCGCUGAUGUCGGCGCCGUCGUACGCCCCGCCGAGAUGUGCGCAAUCCCCGCGAUGCGCAUUGUCCGCCGCGCUGGUGGUGAGGCGCGAGACCGCCGUCGCCGUCGCCCGGCCCCGCUCAUGCUGUCUUCCCCUCCUGGGAUUGCGGCGCAGAAGGUCCCGGUGCAGGUCUCGCCUGCUCGUCGCACUGGCUUCUCCGACUCUUUUGCCCCGGAGCUGUGAGCGCACCUUUGCCACACUAUAAGCAUCUUUGGGGUCCUCGCACACUCUACCACACGAAAACGACAACACGCACACCCAUGCCACGCACG